GACAGGCAACUGCAGCGUUGCGCAACGACGGGCGCACGGUUGCAACGCCGAGCGCCCUCUGCGUGUACACCGGGGUACUGUCGAUCGCAUGGCAGUCCGGCCAUGGGAUUGGUCAAAAUAAAAACAUAAUCAACACAUGGGGCUUGUUGAUUGGGCAGAUCUCAGGAAGGCCUAUGCAAGCAGUGCUUUCUCGCUGGCUUUGGCGCCAUGUCGCUCUGGCGUCGACACGCUGAUCGUGGCAACGCAAACUCCAAUGGUGCGACGCCAAUUUGCUUGUGAUGCGCGUGCCCAGCUCACACAACUGCACAUGCAAUGUUUUUUGUUCAGCUCUGCCGGGGCUCAGUAAAGCGGUACGAGGGCAGUGUCAUCGUGCCCCCGACGACAAGGGAUUGCGAUAACUGUAUGCUCGCUCGGUCGACGCAACACUCUUGAAUGAAGCAAAGAAUGACGUUGAACAAACGAAAAGCUGGUUGUUUUUGUGUCCAACCGGUGAAUGCCAACGGGCAAAACCCCGUGCGUGGAAAAAAUAGCCAAGCGUUUUGCGUUGUAGCAGGAACAACUAGCGACAGCAUGGGCGGCGGCACGUCCAAGCAAGGAGCAGCGUCGACAAUCGAGCCGAGGUCGGUGCGCGAGCCGGCGAAUGCAGGCGGCAACGAGCUGCCCAAGCCGCCCAAGGCGAUCAAAGACGUCAAGCUAUACAUUUCCUCGUUCAAGGACGAGGCGCUCGAGCUCUCGCAUGCGUCGGGCUCGGACUUUACCGGUACGCUUACCAAGCACAAGCUCGCGGUGCUCAAGCAAAUUCCACCCGAAAUCUUUGUGCUCUGCCACCUCAAGGAGCUCAACGUGAGCGCCAACGACAUUCACGUGCUCGACCCCGCGAUUGCCAACCUCGAGGCCCUCACCAAGCUCGACAUUUCCCAAAACCACCUCUCGGAGCUGCCCGAUGCGCUCUGCGAGCUCCCAAAUUUGACGUCGCUCAUCGUGUCGGAAAACGAACUCGUGUCGCUGCCCAAGACCAUUGGCAACUUGAAGGCGCUCACGCAAAUCAUUGCCUUCAAGAACGGCAUCACGACGCUCCCAGACUCGAUCGACGGCUGCAUCGCUCUCGAAGAAAUUAACUUUUACAACAACAAGCUCACGGAGCUCGGGCCAGGCUUCUUCAAGCUUGCGAACCUCGUCGAGCUCAACAUUGCUGGCAAUGCACUGACGCAGCUGGACCCGAUUCCAAAUCUCGUGCGACUCAAACGCUGCGCUGCGUACUUUAACCGCCUCCGGUCGUUCCCGGAUCUCAACCACUGCAAGGAGCUAACCCAAGUCCAGCUGUACCGCAACCAGAUAAAAGAGCUUCCGGACCUCUCGAACCUCCCGAGCUUGACCGAAGUCGAUGUCAACACGAACUUGUUGCGUCAGAUCCCAGAGUCGCUCUGCACGGGCAACGCCAACAUGCGCAUGUUAAAUUUGCGAAAAAACCGCCUCGUGGAGCUCCCAAGCUGCAUUGGACACCUCACAAGCCUCGAGAUCCUCAACUUGGGCGGGAACGCGAUCAGCUCGCCCGUGCCCGACUCGAUUGCGCAGCUGCCAGCGCUCGUGUCGUUCUUGUUUGAUGACUCGAAUCUGACUGUGCUACCGCUGGCGCUACUGGGACUGCACGCGCUUGUCCGCGUCGACGUGGGCCGGCGUAUCGACAAGAGUGACGCAACGACGACCAAGGUCAUGGCGCAGCUGGAAGCCAUCUGCGUCGCGAACCGCGGAUGGCUCAAAGAAACGUAAGUGUCCGGGUGAUAGCGCUAGGCAUGUAUUCCAUUGUAAAAGCAACACAGAUCGACAUAUUCUGUACA